AUGGCUGACGACGAUCACAAGCCCGAACUGGUGGCUUCCAACGCCAGUGAUAACAUUCGUACCUAUAAAGGAAUCACCUACGACAUUACCGAUCCAAAAUACCAAGGCUUGUCCAAGAAUGCACUGAAAAAAUUACUCAGAGAAGAAGUAUGGAAUGCCACACGUGAGAAACGCAAUAAAUUCCAAAAAGAAAAGAAGAAGCAAAAGAGUGCAGAACGACGCAAGCUUAUUGAAGAAGGUGUAAUUCCUGCUCCACCACCCAAACGGGCGCGUACUGUCGAACCAAGUUCGGUUCGCGUGGUUAUGGAUUGUUCGUUUACCUCAUACAUGCAUGAUACGGAAAUCAAAUCGAUGCAGGCCCAACUUGUCCGCUGUCAUAGCGCUAAUCGAGCCGGAGCCCAUCCGAUGGAGAUCACUAUCACUUCGUUUGACGAUGCGUUGAAAAAUGCGUUCGAGAAAAAGACACCGACGUAUACGAAUUGGAAAAACAUUGAGUUUACCACGGAAUCGUAUAUGGACAAGUUCGAUACGUCUAAACUUGUGUACUUAUCGGCGGAUUCGGAUAACGUGGUCCGAGAGCUCGAAGAUGACAAGGUCUACAUUAUUGGUGGCAUUGUGGAUAAAAAUAGGCACAAGGGCUUGUGCCAAAAUAAGGCUACGGAUCAAGGCAUCCAGACCGCCGCUCUUCCGAUCGGCGAAUACUUGCACAUGGCAAGUCGUAAAGUGCUCACCGUGAAUCAUGUGUAUGAAAUUAUGAUCAAGUGGCUGGAGACCCGUGAUUGGGAAAAGGCCUUUCUGGAAGUUAUCCCAGGCCGCAAGCUUAAAGACAGCAAAUUGCUCGGAGACGAUGCAUCCAAAGCUAGCAGUGACACCGGGGACAAAGUGGAAGAAGCUGAAAACAACGAAGGUGCUCCUAAGAAGGACGAGAAGGAGAUGGGGGAAAAUGCCAAGAAGGAAGCGGGUGAUGAGGAGUGA